GGACUUCCAGUGGAUGCCUGUUCCCUCGACCGGACGAUUGCCGAAACCACAUUGCAACGUGCUGAUGGCACAAUUGCGGGACUACUUGCACACUGCAGUACCAGCUCCGUUGAUGGACGCCGGAGCAGAGGUUGUCGACCUUCACGCUUUCAUCGCGAAGAUCGACCACGAGUUCAAGACGCAACGUUACCACAACAUCGACGCACCAUUGCUAUACAUACGCAUUCAGAUCGGAGAGGCGACCUGCAGUGCCUUGAUCGAUUGCGGAGCAUCUCGCAACUACAUCAGCCAGGACUUCAUGRUACGCGCCGGCCUUGGCCCACGUGUCCGGAGGAAGUCCCAGCCUACGCAAGUCACUCUGGCAGACGGUCAUACGCACAAGUUCAUCGACCGGUGCAUUGACGCUGUCCCAGUGUACUUUGCCCCUCACGCAAGUGAGGCGGUGUCCUUUGACAUUCUGGACACCAAAUUCGACAUGAUCUUGGGCAUGUCAUGGCUGCGAAGCAAGGAUCACCCGGUGAACUUCUUCAACCGCACCGUUCACAUUCGUGACCGGAACGGAAUAUUAGUUCCAUGCACGGUGCCUCUUCCUCAUCCUUCGAUCAACUGCCACGUGGUAUCCGCCACAAGCAUGCGAGCUUCCAUCAUCAGAGACGCCAUCGAGGAGAUGGGGGUGUGUUAUCUCCACGCCCUUCCGCCACAUGACACUUCAUCGACGGACUCACCUUCGGAUCCACGCAUCACCGAACUUCUCGACGCCUACAGCGAUGUGUUCGAAGGCCCUCACGGAGUAGUACCGGAUCGACCCAUCCGCCACGAGAUCAUCCUCGAGGACGGGGCCGUACCUCCGCGCGGUUGCAUCUACCGAAUGAGCGAGGAAGAGUUAAGUGUGCUUCGGGCACAACUCGACGACCUUCUAGAGAAAGGCUGGAUUCGGCCUAGCUCAUCGCCAUACGGUGCUCCUGUUCUCUUCGUCCGGAAGAAGAACAAGGACCUGCGGUUGUGCAUCGAUUAUCGCAAGCUCAACGCGCAGACGAUCAGGAACGCCGGCCCUCUCCCACGCAUCGACGACCUUCUCGAGCGAUUAGGCGGCGCCCAGUUCUUCUCUAAGUUGGAUCUCAAGUCAGGGUACCACCAACUCGAGAUUCACAAGGAAGAUCGCUACAAGACCGCGUUCAAGACUCGGUAUGGGCAUUUCGAAUGGUUGGUCAUGCCAUUUGGCCUUACGAAUGCCCCAGCCACUUUCCAAGCGGCUAUGACGACGGAGUUCCGACACAUGCUGGAUCGUUUCGUACUUAUAUACCUCGACGACAUUCUGGUUUACAGCCGGAGUCUGGACGAGCAUGUGGAACACCUGCGCACCGUUUUGGAGCGGCUACGACAGGCCAAGUGCAAAGCAAACCGCGACAAGUGCGAGUUCGCACARCAGGAGCUGGAGUACUUGGGACACUAUGUGACGCCGCAAGGCAUCCGUCCGCUUGCGGACAAGAUCGAGGCCCUACGAGUAUGGCCCGAGCCCACCAACACCACGGACGUUCGUUCAUUCAUGGGAUUGGCGGGCUACUAUCAGCGAUUGAUCACCGGAUACUCCAGGAUUGCUGCACCUAUGACGAGGUUACAGUCGCUAAAGGUGCCAUUCGUAUUCGAUGAUGACACACGCCGGUCAUUCCAAGCACUUAAGACGGCUAUGCUCAUGGCACCCGUCCUUAGCAUUUAUGACCCCACCCUGCCGACACGAGUGACUACGGACGCUUCCGGCUAUGGCAUUGGGGCAGUCUUGGAACARCACGACGGCGACGACUGRCACCCUGUGGAGUAUUUYAGCCACAAAGUGYCUCCCAUSAACUCGCUUGAUGAUGCAAGGAAGAAGGAGCUGCUCGCAUUCGUGAUGGCUCUCAAACGCUGGCAGCACUUCCUCCUUGGGCGUCGUAGGUUCACAUGGAUCRCAGACAACAAUCCAUUGACCUACUACAAGACGCAGGACACGGUGAGCAGCACGAUCGGACGAUGGAUGUACUUCAUCGACCAAUUUGACUUCACACCAAAGCAUGUCCCCGGCCUCUCCAAUCGCGAAGCAGAUGCACUCUAGAGAAGACCUGAUCUUUGCGCUAUGACACAUCAUGCCUUCGCAUUCG